AUGGACAGCCAGCCGGCGGCAGCCGCGCGCAGCCCGCUGCAGGAGGCGGUGCAGUACUGGUCCGACUUUGUCGCGCGGUGCAUCGCGCAGCGGCUCGGUAGCGAGCGCUUCCACGACUUUGUGCGUCUCGUCCACGCACAGCACCCGCUGCCCCCCAUCCUCGUCGCCGACCUGUUUCUGCGUCCGCAGCCGUCGAACCGCGUGAGCCUCGACCCGCGCGUGCCGCCCUAUGUCCGCGUCCUGACCCAGCUCGGCUACAUGGACGCGCCGUCGAUUCUGCGCGUCAUGUACAAGUACUCGGCGCUGCAUGCGCUCGCCAAGCCGUCACCCGAAGUGAAGACGGAGGAGGCGGGGGACAAGACGGUGCGCUGGCAAGAGUCGUCGUGGGCGGAAGAGGUCAUGUUUUAUCACGUUAUCAAGACUAUGUUUGAGGGCACGGCCUUUACCGACGCCAAGACGGGACUCGAGCUGGUCGGCAUCACUUGCAAGUGGAUGGACCUAUUCGUGCAGACGUUUGCGGCCGAGGCGCUGGUCGGUACGCAUGACAGGCAGGCGCGCGAAGAGAUGGUGACGGUGCGCGCCGCUCUGGCACCGCUACUCUUGCGACUGGUGGAUAAUGAGGCCCUGCUGCGCAUCAUCAGUCUCCGCAAGCAUUUGUCGGACAGCCUCGGCCACUUUAUUCAAACGUUUCAGCCUGCUCCUUUGUACUUGGAGAGGUUGGAGAUUUUCCGCACGCAGACGCUUGCGCAGCUGGAUCCCGUCGAUGAGAAGAAGCAGGCCGCCAAUGCGGCCAUGGAUGAGCUGCUCGACUCAACUGUCGGUCUGGAAAGCUUUGUCGUGGCGGAUAUUCCCAUUGCCAACUCGAGAGCGGCGCUCUACAUCUACCUCAAUGCGGCGCUCGUCGGACGGCCUGUGCUGGAUGAUUCCAUGCUCUAUGCCUUUUUAAAUAACAAAUACCAGGAAAACCAACAGGCAAGUGCGGUCGAUUUGAUUGUCGCCUCCUUUGACGUGCUCGCCAACGCCGUCUUCCGAAACGAAGGCCCCAAGGACGCGCACCUCCUCCGAUCCUUUGUGGUGAAUAAGCUGCCGCUUCUACUCUGUCAACUGUGCCAUCCAGAGUUCUCGGCCACAUCGGCCGAGUUUUGCAUUACGGAAGCGCUCAGUCGCGUCGACACGGGCAUCUUCCCCACAGCCUCUCUUAUGUUUGACGAGUCGCGGAAUAACAAUCCCUACAUGGACAGCGUGCGAGAGGAGUUUUGUGCGGCGUGCGCCCUGCACGGACUCAUUGAGAGAGACCACGUCGACCGCAUCCUGGGCGAGACGUCCAUGUCGUAUGACCCGUCGUUGGAACGGGUCAACCGGGACCGGCUCGUGGGCGACUGCUUGUCGGACUCGGCUAAGAUUCAAAGCAUCAUCUCGCAGCUAGAUAGAGUGGAUGGCAAUGUGGGAGCUGUGGCGCAUGCCGUAGUCGAGGAUACAAUGUCGUUGAAGCUUCUUUGUACCCAGUUGGCGCAAAAGCCUCAGUCACUCGACAUUAUUCUCCUCUUCGACAAGGUCACCUCCAUUCUCGAACCUGUGUGCAGCCUUCUCGACAACUGGCGAUAUGAGGAGGACCAAGGCGAGUACCAGCCGGUGUACGAGGAAUACGGUGCUAUACUGCUGCUUGUGUUCGCCUUUUCCUAUCGCUACAACCUGUCGCCGCUGGACAUUGGCAUCCACUCGGCCGACUCGCACGUGGCCAGAAUCAUCACCAAGUCGCAUAUUCUGCGGCCACUGGACGAGCUAAGCGAGCAAGAGUCGGAACACGUGACGGGUUGGAUCAAUGGACUCUUUGAUAACGAAGCGGGUGGCCUGGGAGACGACCUCAUGUCCUCGUGCCCGCCGCACGAGUUUUACCUGCUGGUGGCGCCGAUUUUCCAGAGCAUCAUCACUGCCUAUACGUAUGGCUACAUUAACGAUGAGAGCCUGAAAGGUGGUGUCGAAUACUUGGUUGACACAUUUCUGUUGCCGUCGCUCGUGCCGGCCAUUCGUUUCUUGUCCGACUACAUAUGGAUCGACCAAAAGGAGCAAAAGUCGAUUGUCAAGGCGCUGCAGCUGCUACUCACGCCAAGCUCCAUAUCUGGGGAAGCAAGCACGGUGCUGUCAGCGGUGAAGAACCUCGUGGCGCAGCCGCUAGAGCACGCCCUCCGCACAUACCAGCGGCAGGACCCGCGCAACCAGGACAUUGAGCCGCUGCUGCGGUCGCUAAAGGAGAACCUGCCGCUAUCACGCCGCUCCGGGGGCGCGGCGCACCACGAGAUGGAGUUGUGGGCCAACAGCUCGAGCAGCGGGCUGUCGGGGGCAAUCCGCCACACAAUCCAAGGGCUCGUGCAGUGGAGCGCGCAGCCGGGCGUCAACGUGAUGCCGGCGUCGUACACGCACCGCCAGCUGAUUGCCGGGCUGCGCAUCAUCGGACCGAGCCGACUGCUGCGCCUCGUCAUGGAGGAGAUACGGCAGCAGAGCGAGCUGGGCAACGCGAGUGUCGUGUAUGAUGUGGCUGCGGCGCUGAUUGCGGCCACGGACUCGACCAAUGAGGCGCCCGCCUCCACGCAACACUUGCUGGACACGGCGGGCACGAUGCAGGUGCGGCGGCGGGGCUUGCGCGACGCGCUCAAGACGGCGGCGGAAGGCUACAAGCGGCUGCAGAAGCAUGACCCGUUCUUGGCUGAGGCGACGGUGCGGCUGCAUCGUCGCGUCGAGGGGCUGCUGCUGGUUGUGGUGGUGGUGCCGCAAGCGCAGGCGAUUCUGCCGGCACUGGAUCUCGGGGACGCGGACGCGGACGCGGCGGCGGCGGCGGCCAUGGCGGCGGUCGGCGCGGACCCGAUGUCGGUGGAUGGGCUGGAUAUGGGCCUCGGCGCGGACUUGGAUCUUUCGGGGGGCGCGGGUGAUGCGGACUUGUUUGGCGGGCUGGAUACGAGCCUGGACAUGUUUGACGGGUGGGACAGCAUGGAUAUGGGAGUCAAUUAG